AUGCGCAGCCGUCCAAAUCAGCGUCAAUUCGCUGUGGUAUCUGCGCUGUCCAUCCUCAUCAUCUUCUUGACCUACGUGGCCACCGGAGUUUUUGGUUAUCUGAGUUUUGGAUCUCACGUCAGUGCGGAUGUCUUGUUAGACUAUCCACCUCGAGCCGAGGUUGUAGCCGGAUUAGCGUUGCUGGCCAUUAAAACAUACACAACUUAUCCCAUUAUGCAUGUCUGUGGACAGUCAGCCACAGAGACCAUUCUGCGCUACUUCCUUCGCUGGUCGGAUGCUCGCUGGGCCCGAUGGGAACGGCUUUGGCGAUACUCGUCUGCUUGUUUGUGGUUUGGUAUCAGUCUCGUUUUCGCUCUCUUUGUACCGGAUAUCGGUCUUGUAAUUGGACUGUUGGGUGGCCUUGCAGUUCUGUUCAUCCUCUUAUUCCCUGGUACGUUAACCUUUUUUAUAGAAGAGUUUUUCCUACCGCUCAGUGAUUUAUGA